AUGUCGACUCCAAGUCAAGCCCAGGACGGGAACGAGGAGAUGCAGCCACCACCUCCGAUCAGUCAGACCCGCCAGCGGGCGCCAACCAUCAGCAUAGAAGACACCGCCGCCUCGAGACCGAACCCAAACGACACAGUCACUUCACCAGAUCGAUCGAAUGUACCAUUACCUCGAAUACAGACUGAAGGCCUCUCCUCUUCCCGACCACCUUCGCCGUUCGAUCCUUCACCUACAGACACUCGCAUGCACGGCGACUCGAGAGAAUCACGUCCAACAUCGCCUCACAACGUCUCAUCGCCUCGCAGCCAAUUUGCAGACAAGGGCAGUUCGUUCCUCGCAGUGCCGGGUGGAAAAAGCCGGCCAAGCACAGAAUCUGAUGGCGGUAUAUCCCCUUCGUCAUACGGAGGCGAUACUCAGCUAGCUUCAACCAUAACGCCCGGCGAAGACGACUUGCGCAAAGCAUCCAUGAGCAAUAAUGAAGACGUCAUGCAUGACAAGGACGCGCUACGGCCAGACCCAGGCUCCGAAGCAGAAUUCGAGGUCACAGACAAUCGAUUCGCCUUUUCGCCGGGUCAAUUGAACAAAUUGAUAAACCCGAAAAGUCUUGCUGCAUUCUACGCGCUAGGUGGUCUCACGGGGCUCGAGAAAGGCUUACGAACCGAUCGCAACAGUGGGUUGAGUAGCGAUGAGCGAGGUCUUGACGGAACGGUCGAUUUCAAAGAAGCGGUCCAAGCAGGCGCCGACGCCGAGAAAGAGUACGACAUGGGUACGGUCAAACGCAGUAACACCGCAGGUUCCAUGGCACAAGUCACAUCACAGCAGGACGACAACGCAUUCCUAGACCGGAAACGCAUUUACAAGGACAACCGACUGCCCGAGAAGAAGGCCAAGUCCUUCCUGCAGCUUGCCUGGAUCGCAUACAACGAUAAAGUCUUGAUUUUGCUUUCAGUGGCGGCAGUCGUCUCGUUAGCCCUUGGCAUAUAUCAAACUUUGCGCCCAAGCGACCAGGAAGAGCACGAGGCCCGCGUCGAAUGGGUCGAAGGUGUUGCUAUCAUGGUCGCUAUUUUUGUUGUGACCUUCGUUGGAGCACUGAACGACUGGCAGAAGGAGCGCCAGUUCAUCAAAUUGAACCGUAAGAAGGAGGAGAGGUUCGUGAAGGUCGUCCGGUCUGGCAAGUCUCAGGAGAUAUCUGUCUACGAUAUCUUGGUCGGUGAUGUGAUGCAUCUGGAACCUGGCGACAUCAUCCCUGUCGACGGAAUUUUCAUUGACGGCCAUAACGUGAAGUGUGAUGAAUCCUCCGCAACUGGUGAGUCCGACAUACUGCGCAAAACUCGAGCAGAUGAAGUCUUCCACCGGAUCGAGAACAACAUGACGUUGCAUAAGAUGGACCCAUUCAUAUUGUCGGGAGGCAAGGUCUCGGAAGGCGUGGGCACUUUCUUGGUCACUUCCGUGGGCGUCAAUUCCAGCUACGGCAAGACUCUCAUGUCGUUACAAGAUGAAGGCCAAACCACACCACUGCAGUCUAAACUCAACCUUCUGGCUGAGUAUAUCGCUAAGCUUGGCCUCGCUGCAGGUCUGCUGCUGUUCGUCGUCUUGUUCAUUAAAUUUCUGGCGCAGCUGGGUUCGAUUGAAGGCGGUUCUGACGAGAAAGGGCAGCGUUUCCUGCAAAUCUUUAUCGUUGCGGUCACAAUCGUUGUCGUGGCUGUACCUGAAGGUCUUCCACUGGCAGUGACGCUCGCGCUUGCAUUCGCUACAACACGUAUGUUGAAAGACAAUAAUCUCGUACGGUUGUUGAGAGCAUGCGAAACCAUGGGUAAUGCUACAACAAUUUGUUCCGACAAAACGGGCACUCUUACGCAAAACAAAAUGAGUGUAGUGGCCGGCACCGUCUCUACAGCAUCUCGCUUCGGCGACAAAGAUAUGCCGGUGAACGAAACGGCUGCAGAGAAAGAGAAGCUCGAAGGGCCGACUACUAUCACUUCGGAUUCUAGUCAAUCCGAGUUCACGAGCUCUCUGGCUAAAGACGUCCGCGAGCUACUCAAGGACUCCAUUGUGCUCAACUCUACAGCUUUCGAAGGCGAAGAGAAUGGCAAAGUCGUCUACAUUGGAUCGAAGACGGAGACAGCUAUGCUUCAGUUCGCUGCCGAUAAUCUCGGCAUUGGUUCUGUUGCAGAAGAGCGUGCGAAUGCAAACGUGGUCCAGAUGAUUCCAUUCGACUCUGGACGCAAAUGCAUGGGAGUAGUCAUCAAGCUUGCGAAUGGAAAGUACCGGAUGUUCGUCAAAGGAGCAUCUGAGAUACUAAUCGCCAAAAGCUCACGGAUUGUUAGCGAUCCAACAGACAGCCUUGCCGACACGACAUUGACUCCGGAGCACAAUGACACCCUCAACGGCAUUGUGAACAACUAUGCGUCUCGGUCCCUGCGCACUAUUGCUAUGCUUUUCCGGGAUUUCGAGCAGUGGCCACCUCGCGGCGCUGUUUCCCCAGAUGACAAGAGGCAAGCUGACUUCGACAAGAUCUUCAACAGCAUGACGUUCCUCGGAGUCGUUGGUAUUCAAGAUCCACUGCGCCCAGGUGUGACACAAGCCGUCCGUGAUUGCCAGAUCGCGGGAGUUUUCGUACGUAUGGUGACUGGUGACAACAUAACAACUGCCAAAGCCAUUGCAACCGAGUGUGGUAUCUUCACAGCUGGUGGUCUUGCUAUGGAGGGCCCUGUGUUCCGUAAGCUCAGCAAGAAGCAGCUUAACCAGGUCAUUCCACGUUUACAAGUCCUGGCGCGGUCAAGCCCCGACGACAAAAAGCUCCUAGUUAAGCACCUCAAGAAGCUUGGUGAGACUGUCGCGGUCACUGGAGACGGUACAAAUGAUGCUCCUGCCUUGAAGGCUGCAGACGUUGGGUUCUCCAUGGGUAUUGCUGGAACGGAAGUCGCGAAGGAGGCAUCUGCGAUCAUCAUCAUGGAUGACAACUUUGUGUCAAUCGUUAAGGCUAUCUCAUGGGGCCGAACAGUCAACGACGCCGUCAAGAAAUUCUUGCAGUUCCAGAUCACGGUCAACAUCACUGCUGUGUUUUUGACCUUCGUCUCUGCUGUGUCUAAUGACGACGAGAACUCUGUUCUAACGGCUGUGCAGCUACUCUGGGUGAAUCUGAUCAUGGACACCUUUGCGGCACUGGCUCUGGCAACGGAUCCUCCGACAGCAUCCAUCUUGCAACGACGACCUGAACCAAGAUCCGCACCUCUCAUCACGAUCAACAUGUGGAAGAUGAUUAUUGGUCAAUCUAUCUACCAGCUGGUCAUCACUCUCGUGCUUUACUUUGCCGGAGGGAGCAUCUUCGGAUGGAAAGAAGGAGAUGAUGUAGACCGACUGCACAGCACCAUCUUCAACACUUUCGUGUGGAUGCAGAUUUUCAACCAGUACAAUUCUCGACGGCUCGACAACAAGUUCAACAUAUUCGAAGGUAUUCUGAAGAAUUGGUGGUUCAUUGGCAUUCAGUUCAUUAUUGUUGGCGGCCAAGCUCUCAUCAUGUUCAUCGGAGGUCAAGCAUUCUCGAUCGAGCGCAUCACUGGUCCGCAAUGGGCGAUAUCGCUCGUGUUGGGGGUUAUCUCGAUACCCGUGGCUAUCAUUAUACGACUUGUGCCGGACGAGAUGUUCGAGAGGAUGAUCCCACGACUUCCUCGUCGCUACCGCAAGAACAAUCCAGCUGUUGUCAUCGAAGACGACGAGGAGGCACCGCAAUGGAACCCAGCGCUGGACGACAUCCGCGAGGAACUCACAUUCCUCAAGAAGAUUCGAGGAGGUAGAAUGACCGAGCUGUCGUUCAAAUUGAGACACCCUCGACAGGCGUUCUUACCUCGUUCCCGCAGUGCAUCUAGAUCUGGGAAUGAAUCACGCUCAGAUCUUCCAGAAACGCCCAAUAACGAGCCAUCCCACGAGAAUGGCUCGUCCGCCAACCUGAGCACGCCUCAGACUCCAGAAAAGACCUCGAAGAAACGCUCCAGGUCUAAUUCUACCUCCCAAUUUGGUUCUGCAGCUGCUAUGGCAGGCAUUAUCGCAGGCAGUGUCGCUGGUGGAUGGUCUCCUAUGGGACGACGACCAGAAGAUCUAGAGACUGUCAACUUCACACGGGCUCGGUCUGCGUCUGGUGUCCAAGGCACUUCGGGAAUGGAAGUGCAUCCCGACACCAAAGAAGACGACCCCGUCUUUGCGAAAGACUACGAACACACGAAGGUACCCCCAAGCCAACGCGCUGAGUUGGCUCCUUACUUUGAGCAUGGCCCGCCUCAUAGCCCAGCACGCUCAAGACGGUCGCAUUCUCGAAACUCCUCCCAAAACAUUCAGGAGGAAGUUUGA